AAAUUUUGUAACAUUUUUGCCUAUUUUGUGAACGCAAUUCAGUCCUAUGACCAAUUUCCUGUUUUCUAAAUAUUUUUUCAAUAUUAUCAACAACAAAUGCGUGGAGCAACUAAUAUUGAAGACAAUGUGAAGCAUGAACUACAAUUUUGCCAUCGGCCAGAAGUUAACCCUUACGUGUUUUAACACUCCUUUGACGCACCACAAAACCGGCUUCUUUCAUUCAUUCAACACAGACAAGACCAGGAUCACUCUGACCGACGUUGUCUACUACCCCUCUGGAGAGCGUCACCCUAAGCAGUCGCACUUCUUCUCCAGCGAAGUAAAAUCAAUAACUGCUGAGAAGCCAAAGAACGGAAUGAAAGCUUUCAUCGACCCUGAGGUGGGGCGGAGCUUGGCCUUCUGCAAAGGUCCUAGUCAUCCUCAUCUUUCAUACAUGUACAAUCAGCCAGAGCGUGGACUGCCUCAUCCUGACAGAAAGCUUCGACCAGACUAUGAGAAGUUUAGUCAAAAAUAUGAGACAUUCCAGGUCAUUGCAGAGAAAGAUGAGCAGUUUGAGCAGGCUAUGAAGACGCUUGAAGGAUGUCAGGAAGUUGGUGUGGCCUUUGAAGGCAAGCUGAUGGGUCGCUUUGGCCAGUUGUGCUGGGUUAACUUUUCGGACGGCCACACGUCGUACCUCUUUGAUGUCUUGGCGCUGGGCCUGGAUGACGCCAUUGUCAGCAUCCUGAAAUCUGAAAAGGUGCUCAAGAUUGUCCACGACUCGCGUCUUGUCUCUGACUGUCUCAUGCACAAACACGAUCUAAAACUUGUCAACACGGUGGACACUCAGGUGUUUGACUUGAUGAUCAUGAGAGCCAAAAGGGAGAACUGUCCUAGCUAUGCUAGUGCUUUGAACGAGUGCCUCAAAAGUUACCUCGGUAUUUCGGAAAUGGUGCUGCUCACUCCAUUUGUUUGGGAAGAGAAGAUUAAGGACGAGACUGCUAAGUGGGCUAAGCGUCCUCUGGCUGACCUGGAGUUGGAGCUAGCAGUGCAAAAUGUGGCUUUCCUCAAGGAUCUGUAUGCUAAAAUGCAAGUAGUUUACUUUGAACCUGUUAAGGUUGGCUCUGAGUUCUACCUGAAUCAUGUGUCCUCUAUGACUGACAAAGAAGCUGAGAAAUACAAUGCAAUGGGCCACCUGACUCCAAGGCAGCUCUACUGGGUUUGCAGGAACAAAAAUAGUGAAAUUAUAAAGCGGAGAGAGUGAUUUAAAGUGGCUCUCACCACUUUGAGAAGCAAUGACUGGUCACCACUUCUUUCAACAGCAGCUCCAUUUCCAUUCAUUAUUUCAAAUUGUUUUAAAUUAAAUCUUUUAUCCAGAUGAAAUGUCCA